CUUACAUCAACACCAAACAUGUUGACAUUGCUGAUAUAGACUAUGUCUAUUGAUUUAUAAUGACUUUGAAUAAGAAAAAAAACUGUAUGCAAAUGGAUGUUUGGUAGUUAUAAAAAUGAAAUGGAAAUUAAAAAAUGUCAGCAGGAAGUGAUGGCCAGUAUAGGCAUGUCUAAGUUACAUUAGGCUACUAUAAUUACGAGGAUUGGCUAUUAUUUACAUGUCUUACAUUUUUGUGUAAAUGUGCAUAUUAGCACAGAAAUUGAACUGCUUGAUUUAGCAAUUAGUAAAAAAAAGUAUCAAACUGUACAUUCUAUAUCUUUUAGAAAAAUAUACAAAUAGAGCAAUGACCAAAGUCAUGAAGGGCAGUCCGGCUGGGGGUGAUUCGCCUCUAGACACAAGCCAGCCCUCAGGCCAACCAGCAGGCCAACCAGCAGGACAACCAGCAGGACAACCAGCAGGACAACAGCCAAUAGUUCCAGAAUCACAAGUUCCUGCAACUGCAGUGCCUGUACCAGCUGCAACUCAGCAACAACAGACUACACCAGCAGUCCCUCCCGAUGCUAGUACAGCCCCAACUACCCCACCUGCCACAAUUAAAGAUGAAGCUGGACAGGGGGACAUUGCCCCGGCAGUUGGUGAUGAUCAGGAUGCUGAUUUCCCUCUGCUAGAACUAAGUAAAUUAGAUGAAAUGAUAAAUAGACCAAGAUGGGUUGUUCCUGUAUUACCUAAAGGAGAAUUAGAAGUUUUAUUGGAAGCAUCUAUUAAAUUGUGCAAAGAAGGAUUAGAUUUACGUAGUGAAGCCUGUCAGAGAUUUUUCCGUGAAGGAUUAACUAUUUCAUUUACUAAAAUAUUAACGGAUGAUGCUGUUAGUAGCUGGAAAUAUGAUAUUCAUAGAUGUAUUUUGAAAAAUGCUGAGAAAUUAAUAGAGUUAUGUGUUGUUAAAUUAAAUCAAGACUGGUUUCCUCUCUUAGAAUUAUUAGCAAUGGUUCUGAAUCCACAGUGCAAAUUUCAUUCAUACACUAACAACAGACCUUCAGAUACAUGUUCUGGCACUGCUCCAACAGAUGAGAAUAUAUAUGCUAGACCUUCAGAUCAAAGAUACCCUAGGGGAUGGUUAGUAGACUUGAUUAAUAAGUUUGGUCAGCUGGGUGGUUUUCAGAUCAUGUUAGACAGAUUUAAAAGUGGAAAUUUAACUGUUCCUGUUAUAGCAGCUCUAAUCAAACCAUUUGGACAAUGCGCAGAAGUAUUAACUGCCUCAACUAUACAAAAAUACUUCAUGCCUAUUGUGGAAAUCGUACCUAGUGUAUUAGAUAAACUGACAGAUGAAGAAUUGAAGAAAGAAUCCAAAAAUGAAGCAAAAAAUGAUGCUUUAUCUUCAAUUAUAAAAGCGUUAAAACAUUUAGUCAACAGAUUACAGAAUCAAGAAGAAACAGUGAAAAAUUUAGAAAUAUUUCGACUUAAAAUGAUAUUAAGAUUAUUACAAAUUUCCUCAUUCAAUGGUAAAAUGAACGCAUUAAAUGAAGUGAAUAAAGUAAUAACUAAUGUAUCAUUCCACGCUACACGACAUCAACAAAUAGAAGAAGAUGAGUGGCUUACUGCAGAUAAAAUGGCCGAAUGGAUACAACAGAACAGUGUUUUAUCUAUAGUGCUACGUGAUAGUUUACAUCAACCUCAAUAUGUAGAAAAACUAGAGAAAAUACUACGCUUUAUGAUAAAAGAAAAGGCUUUAACUAUUGAAGAUUUAGAUAGAUUGUGGGAAGCUCAGUCUGGAAAACAUGAUGCUAUUGUGAAGAAUGUACAUGAUUUAUUAGCUAAAUUAGCUUGGGACUUUACAGCUGAACAGUUAGAUCAUUUAUUUGAAUGUUUUCAGGGAAGUUGGAAUAAUGCCAGUAAGAAAAAUAGAGAGAAAUUACUCGAGUUAAUUCGUAGAUUAGCAGAAGAUGAUAAGGAAGGAGUCAUGGCUCACAAGGUAUUAACAUUGUUGUGGAAUCUAGCUCAUAGUGAUGAUGUACCAACAGAGAUAAUGGAUCAGGCGCUCACCUCACAUAUCAAAAUAUUAGACUAUAGUUGUUCACAAGAUAGAGAUAAUCAAAAGAUGCAGUGGAUCAAUAGAUUUGUAGAAGAAUUGAAGAAUGACAAGUGGGUUUUACCAUCUUUAAAACAGAUACGAGAAAUAUGUCAACUGUUUCCUGAGGCUCCACAGAAUUUCCCUCACACUCAGAGAGCAGCUCAUAUGUACUAUAGAAAUAAUGUUAUUAGUCAGUUACAAGCUCAACAUUCUAUAGUAAUGUUAGUUAGUCAGAAUUUAUCAGCUUAUAUGAAUAAAGCUAGACAGUAUAACAAAGAUAAUCCAGAAGAAGAUCCUGCUACUAUUAAUCCUGAUGGUAGAUUUAAUCAUAAUGUACAGGUUCAAGAACGUCUUAGAUUUUUAAGGUUUCUAUUAAAAGACGGUCAGCUAUGGCUAUGUGAACCACAAGCAAGACAGAUAUGGCAUUGUUUAGCUGAAAAUGCUAUAUAUUUCUCAGAUAGAGAAGCCUGUUUUAAAUGGUUUGCUAAAUUGAUGGGUGAGGAACCAGAUCUAGAUCCUGAAAUUACCAGAGAUUUCUUUGAGAAGAAUAUAUUACAAUUAGAUCCUAGUUUAUUAACAGAACAUGGCAUGAAUUGUUUUGAGAGGUUUUUUAAACAAGUUAAUUUAAAAGAAAAUAAAUUAAUAGCUAAAAGAAGAGGCGGUCACAUGAUGGAUGAUAUGGAAUUGAUUGGUUUAGAUUAUUUAUGGAGGGUAGUAUUAUUAAGUCCUGAUGACGUAGCAGAGAAAGCCAUUUUGUUAUUAAAAGACAUUUUCACAAAUCUUAGUCCCCGCUUACAACAAAGUCAAGUUGAAAUACAUGAAGAUUUUAUUCAAUCGUGUGUUGAUAGACUGAAAGCGUUAUAUGAUACUGUAUCAGUGUUAGAGAAAGAUAAAGAUUCUAUGAAUCGUGUCAUGCAAGAGACAAUACGUAUGGUCAGGAUAUUGACAGUGCUAAAGGAAUAUGUAGGAGAAUGUGAUGAAGCUUAUAAUGAAGAGAGAAUGAUAUUGCCAUUAAGCAGAGCUUGUAAAGGGAAAUUAGUGACGCUGAAAAUACGAUUUCCUAAUCAAGGUCGUCAAGUUGAAGAUUUAGAAAUAUUUUCUCAUACUAAUGAUACUAUAGGAUCUUUACGUAGACAGAUACAUCGUGUUAAAGCUAAUACUAAUAAUGUGAAAGUUGAACUCUUUCUAAAUGCUGAACAAAUAGAUUCUAUAGAUGAUAAAAAACUAAUAUCUCAUAUUCCACUACGUGAUAAAAUGACACUGACAGCAAAGUUGGUACAAGCUGGUAGUAAUAUGCCAUCUAGUCCUGAUAGUAGUUCUGAUAGUUCAGUUGGUUCUCCACACAAUACUUAUGAUGGUCCAAACAUAGAGGCUGAGAAUUAUCUUCCUGGAGUCCUAAUGUCUCAGAAUCCUAAAUAUUCUCAGUUUUUAUUUCAACUGUCUGAUUUGGGUUGUCAGUUACAAGUACCUAAAUUACGUGAUACAGCACGCCAUGUUUUAAAAAUCAUGCCUGCAGAUCAAACUGUGAUAGAAAAGUUUCGUAAUAUUUGUACUGAGAAUAAUAAUGGUGAUGGUUGUAUAGCUUCAGCAUUAGAAUCUUUAUUUUUUAAUGACUCACCAACACAAGUAUUAUAUAAUAUAGAGGUUUUAUAUAGUUUAUUAAUGCCAGCUUUAGAUCCAUUAUCAGAUGAAGCAUUUGAAUUUCAAUAUAAUUUUGUAAGAAGUGGAGGUGUAGCUCUAUCAAUGAAUAUGAUAACAAAAAAUAAUUUCUUACCAAGUGUAGAAUUACCUACUAGAAGAGCCUCGUAUGUAACAGUAUUAAAGAUCUGUAAACUAAUGUUAACUACAGUAGGACAUGCUAAAGUUCAGGUGGUAGUUGAUGCUUGUCACAGUGAACCAGGUUCUACUCCUGUCACACCAGAUGAACAUAACCAAGCUGCAGCUCUACAACAAGCUCUAAUACAUAUACCUAGUCCAGACUCUGAGUUUAGAAAUGUUGCUCUUAGAUUAGGUCAACAUUUAGGUCAACAGGCUACAGGAGUAUUACCUGAUCUAUCAACAGUCAAAGCUAUACAGAAGAUAGCCUGGUCUUCUAGUAGCUGUUCUCUACAUUUAGUUCAUGCUUCUAAUGAAGAUAUACACAAAGCACAUGAAAAGAUAAAAGAAGAUGUGCAGUCAGAUAAUGAAGAUAUGAUAGUAGCUAGAGAAGCUUUAGAAGUUUUAACAGUCUGUCUAUCUCUAUGUCCAUCUGCUCUAGAAUCAUUAAAUAAAGAUAAAGCUUGGCAAUGUUUUAUCAUAGAUUUAUUACUAAUCUGUAAAUCCAGCCGAGAUGUACGUAAAUGUGCUAGUGAUCAAUUUUAUUUAAUGUCUACUAAAUGUGGUACCAGUCAUCGACCUUUAGUAUUUCUAAUCACUUUACUAUUUACUGUUUUAUCGAGUACAGCUAAAGAGUAUGCCAAGCAAUCUCAUGAAUUUUUUCAACUUCUGUGCAAGUUAUUGAACUAUGCCUGUGCCAGUACUACUAUGUUACCUACAGCUGAAGCUCUACUCAAUAAUGAAAUUAUCUGGUUAAAAUGGGUCAAGACACAGAUGCAAUCAUCAGGAGAAUUACAAGUUGAAGAAGCUCUAUUAGAAGGACAUCUGGGUAUAACUAAAGAGCUGUUAUCAUUUCAACCUACUGAGAAAAAACAUAAAAUAGGUUCAGAGAAUGGUGGAGAUAAUCUCAUCAAGGAACUGGUGGAAGAUUUUAUAUUUCCAGCAUCUAAGAUAAUGUUACAUUGUAAUUCUGAGACUGGUGAAUUCCCUGCAGAAGAAGCUAUACCAGUGUGUUCUUCACCACAUACAGUAGUAGCAGCUUAUGAUUUAUUAGUAGCUUUAUGUACUGGUUGUUUAGCCAAUCUGAAAUACCUAUCAUCUGUUAUUAUUGAAAUGUACUAUACAAAUGAUGCUGCACUAACAGAAUGGGAGUAUCUUCCACCAGUUGGACCCAGACCACCAAAAGGUUUUGUUGGAUUGAAAAAUGCUGGAGCAACAUGUUAUAUGAAUUCUGUGUUACAACAGAUAUUUAUGAUAGAACCUGUACGUAUUGGUAUAUUAGCUGUAGAAGGAGCUGCUGAUGAUUUUGAAGAUGAUUCUAAUGAUGAUAAAAAUGAGUGUGAGACUAAUAUAGAUCUUGGAGAAGAAGAAAAGAAAGAAGAAGAAAAAGGAACAAGAGAAGAAGAAAGAAAAGAUUAUGAUAUGGGUGUUUUAAAACAAAUACAAUAUAUUUUUGGUCAUUUAGCUGCUAGUAAAUUACAGUAUUUUGUUCCUCGUGGCUUCUGGAAACAUUUCAAACUAUGGGGUGAACCAGUAAAUCUAAGAGAACAACAUGAUGCUCUAGAAUUUUUUAAUAGUUUAGUUGAUAGUUUAGAUGAAUCAUUGAAAGCCUUAAAUCAACCUACAGUCAUGUCAGAUAUACUGGGAGGGUCUUUUGCUGAUCAGAAAAUCUGUAAAGACUGUCCUCAUAGAUAUCAAAGAGAAGAAGCAUUUACAACAUUAAAUGUAGAUAUACGAAACCAUCAAAACCUAUUUGAAUCAUUAGAACAGUAUGUGAAAGGAGAUUUAUUAGAGGCAGGCAAUGCUUACUAUUGUGAGAAAUGCAAUAAAAAGGUUGAUACAGUAAAAAGACUUGUGAUAAGAAAGUUACCCAAAGUUUUAGCAAUUCAAUUAAAACGUUUUGACUAUGAUUGGGAGAGGGAAUGUGCAAUUAAAUUCAAUGAUUAUUUUGAAUUUCCCCGUGAAUUUGAUAUGGAACCCUAUACUGUACAAGGUUUAGCUAAGAUAGAAGGAGAGAUCAUUGAUGAUGAAUGUGAAGAGAAAGAACAGAAUACUAAAUAUAGAUUAAUAGGUGUUGUUGUCCAUAGUGGUCAAGCUAGUGGUGGUCAUUAUUAUUCCUAUAUAUUACACAAUCCGAAUGAUACUAGUGCUAAAUGGUAUAAAUUUGAUGAUGGGGAUGUAACAGAAUGUAAGAUGGAUGAUGAUGAGGAGAUGAAAAAUCAAUGUUUUGGUGGAGAAUAUUUAGGAGAAGUUUAUGAUCACAUGUUAAAAAGAUCUGCCUUUAGACGUCAGAAAAGAUGGUGGAAUGCCUAUAUAUUAUUUUAUGAAGGUAUAUCAGAAUCUAGUGUAGAAAAUAAAGAUAUAAUUAAAGAAAUAGAAAAAAUGUCGAUAAGUAACAAUAAUCCAAUCAACCCAGUGAAAAUGCCAAAGGCCAUAGAAAGUCAUGUACGAAAACAGAAUAUAUUGUUUAUGCAUGAAAAAAUCCACUUCUCUGUUGAAUAUUUCCAGUUUAUUAAGAAAUUAACUAUCUGUAACCAUUUAAUAUUAGCACAGGCUUAUUCUGAUAAACUGACUCCAGAAUCUGAAAAUAUAGCUAGAAUUAGUGUGGAGCUGGCCUCCAAAUUUUUAUUUAAUGCUGGCUUUCAUACCAAAAAAACAAUAAGAGGUCCUGCUGGUGACUGGUAUGAUGCAUUACAUAUCCAUUUCCGGUGUAGCAAAGUGGUUCGCAACUGGUUUGCUAAUCAUAUUUUAUUUGCACAACCGUCACGGUUUGCUGAAUAUUUAUUAGAGUGUCCUAGCUCAGAGGUACGACAUGUGUUUGCCAAGAUAAUUGUGAUAUUAGCUCAUCUUUCUUUACAAGAUGGCCCUUGUCCUCCACCAUUAGUACAAGGUCAACCAGCUGAUCCUAAUGCUACUUUAUGUGAUCAUCUAUUACUAGCUGUUUUAUCUUUAUUACGUAAAGAAGUUUCUGAACAUGGUCGCCAUUUACAACAAUAUUUCCAUCUCUUCUUAAUGUUUUUAAAUUUAAAUCUAGGUAUACAAGAGAAACAAGAAUUAAUCAAGCUACAAGUACCAACGUUUUUUAUGGCUGUAGCAUUAGAUGAGGGACCUGGACCCCCUAUUAAAUAUCAGUAUGCUGAAUUAGGAAAACUCUAUUCUGUUGUCUCACAUUUAGUACGAUGUUGUGAUAUUUCUCAUCGCUGCCAGUCUUCAGUAUCGGGUCAAGUGCCACUAACUAAUCCUCAUGGUGAUAUAUCUGGUUUACAACUAUCUAUACCUAAACCAGUAGAAGAGAUGUUAUUUAGUCGUACAUCUUAUGUUAAAAAACUAAUAGAAGAGUGUAAUAAUACUGAAGAAACUACUAAGUUAUUAAAAUACUCUUGUUGGGAAAAUCCACACUUUUCUUCCACUGUUCUUAGUGAAUUGUUAUGGCAGUCCACACUUUUGACAGUAAAUUGUUAUCAUGUUAGUCCACACUAUUUGACAGUAAAUUGUCAUCAUGUUAGUCCACACUAUUUGACAGUAAAUUAUCAUCAUGUUAGUGUACCAGAAGAUAGAGAUGGGUUAUUUGAUACAAUACAAAGAUCAAAAAAUCAUUAUCAAAAACGAGCUUACCAAUGUAUUAAAAUGAUGGUGACUUUAUUUACUCAUUGUGCUCCAGCAGCUACUAUGUUUCAAACAAAUGGUGAUUUAAAACGAAAGUGGACUUGUGCUGUAGAUUGGUUAAAUGAUGAACUAGACAGAAGACAAUAUCCAGGAGUAGCUCAGUACACCUAUAAUAAUUGGUCUCCACCAGCUCAGUCUAAUGAAACUUCUAAUGGGUACUUCUUAGAAAGAUCACCCAGUGCUAGGAUGACAUUAGCUAAAGCUUUUGAACUGUGUCCAGAAGAGGUAAGUAGAAUGUAUUUGGUAUCCAUACCCUUAAAACUACAGGUGAUUAUUGAAAAAUGCUUGUAG